UGCCGCGACUCUCUCGUGUACGGUAAAUACUUGUUGGCUCUGGCAGACAGCAGCAGCGUCUGGCUUGGACUCAGUCCUCGCUCAUGAAGGAGGGUUUGACCCCAAAACCACGGCGACCCCUCUGCUAAACAUAGCGAACCUCAGACCAGAUGGCACGGCUGGAAACAGCGCUCUGCUUUCGUGCUGGGGGUGAGGAGGGACGCUACGCAAGCAGGCGAAGGCGUGACGGACAAACCACUACUACCAUGUUUUGGAGAGCUCUCUGUUUUUCAGCUCCCGCCUCCGGUCAGCGCUGAAAGCUGGGGGUCAUUACUUAAUACAGUAGAAUUAAAGUGAGACGAAAACACAGCAGACGACAGACUGUUUUCAUAACGGCUGUGAAAUGAUCACAUUAACGUGCCUAAGUAAAGUUUGUGCUCAGGUUUAACGUGUCGGUUUGGUUGCCGUGCCUCAGUGACGUGCAGCACAGUGAAAAAUCAAUGUGAGACUCAAACCACCACGAAACAACACGCAGCGCUGACAUGUGUCAUUAGUUUAGACUCUGCAUUAAAGUCGCGGCGUGUUUGUGAGGGAAGGAAAGGACGAAAGGAAAGGGGAUGUGGGAGGAAGGAAAGGAGGGAGGGAGGGAGGAAGAUAGUGAGUAAGUUGGUCCAUCUAAUUACGAUGCAGCGAAUUCUUCUGCUACCGUGAGGCGUGAUGACCGCCGUGUGAUGUCAGCAGGAGGGCUCAACCUUUAUUUAAAAAGCAAAGAGAGCACAGACUCCACAACAACCUCCAACAAACCCUCCAACAACCUCCCAGGAACCAGAGGAGCUUCUUCUUCUGCUUGAGUUCAGGGACGUUUGGUUGUUUCACAGCUGCUCGGUGGAUUCAUGAAGAAGACGACACGAGCUCUGAUACAAGACGUGUCCACCAUGUUCUGCUCCAGGAGGGUUCUGCAGCAGUGGUGCUUCGCUCUGUUCCUGCUCUGCUCUCCGGUGCCGCACCACGGCCGACCCAUCGACGCCCUGAGCAGCAGAAUAAAGCGCUCGGUGACUCACGCUCAGCUGAUGCACGACAAAGGCCGGGCGCUGCAGGACUUCAAGCGCCGCAUGUGGCUGCAGGAGCUUUUGGACGAAGUCCACACGGCGGAGAUCCGGGACCUCCCGGUCCGGACCACCGGUGGAGGCGGGAGCAGCAGUGGCGCCGGCGUCGGGCUGCCGGGAGUCAGUCUGGGCAUCAACCUGAGCACCACCGGCAGCACCCUGCACUCCAAACCGCCCGGAGGAACCAAGAACCUCCCCAUCAGCUUCAGGCUGGAGGAGGAGGAGGGCACCAACCUGCCGCAGGAGACCAACAAGGCUCAGCUGUGCAAGGACGGCGUCAUGAAGCCGCCCUGCAAGAGGAAGAAGAAAGGGAGGUCCGGAAAGAGGCGGGAAGGAGAGAAGAGGAAGAGGAGGGCGCGCUCACUGGGGUGGAGGCUGGAGAGCGAACCAGGGAGUGGACUCCACCUGGAGUGGAGGUCUCUGCUCGGCCUGCAGAGGGCGCUGCUUUAAAACGCUGUCAGUCUCUGGCAAAGAUCCCUGCGGACAGUCAGAGUGGACUCCUAAAUAUUCAUGUUACAGUCGUCUGUAAUUUUGAUUGUUUGGAAAGAAAUUGGAAAAUAUUUAUUAUCUGUAAAUAUUCUAAAUAUCGCAGAAUAAAUAGCAGAAUAUGAUAAAAUCUUAUUUGAUGCUCUGUGAGGCGACAGAUUUGAACCUUUGUGAAUCCUCGCUUUCUUCUUUUUUUAUUCCAGUUAUGUUUUUUUGUUUGGCGGUAAUUUAUUUUGUCUGAAUGGUGUAUUUAUUUUGUAAAUGUAUCGAGGUGCUGCUGACCUUCUAUAUUUUUGUACCAUAUUGCACUUUAGAUAUAUAAAUAUAAAUAUAUAUACCAUUAAUUUUGUUCAUUGUUUGUUUGAAAUGAAGAAAACUCGACGUUCGUCGCUCUGUGUUCGUUCUUCUCGCUCUGUUCAGUUUGUUGUUUCUUUGCUGCUGUUCAUUCGGACGUUGGCGGCUCCGAUCGCAGCCGUCGGGUUCGUCCGUUCGUUGGCUCACGUUUGUGUUGGACCCCCUGCUGCCUCCUCCACGGCCCGCUCUGCUUCUCAAUGCCAAAGUUCAGAUCUGUACAUAAAGCAAACACGGCUCCAUAUCCAUGUUCUUGGCACUUGCACUGAGAUAAACACUCUGUACUGAACAGAUUAAACAUUUGACAGUAA